CGGUGUGUCUUUUGGUUCCCCUCGUUCUGUCCUUUCGUUACACCGCACGUUGGUUAGCAAGAUGAGCGCCGCAAACGGUAAAAAGGGUCCGUCCUCCGGUGUCGUGGAGUGGGUCGGCUCAGCGUUUCGGUUCGCAACGGACAGAAACGACUUCAGAAGGAAUCUUCUGGUCAACUUGGGUUUGUUUGCAGCUGGUGUUUGGGUUGCAAGAAACCUCUCGGAUUUUGACCUGAUGGCUCCUCAGCCCAUAACAUAACCAUGUCAAAAUCCAUCACUGCGUAAACCAGGAUGAUGGUGUCUUGGACCAACAAAGAAGAAACAAGGGACACGAAUAAAUGACUUUUGUACGACUAGUUUUACUCUUAUAUCAUCUUGUUGACCCAAAUCAGCUUCUCCUUUCUGUAGAAUGUUUUUUUUGUCAUGUCACUGAACAGAAAUUAUUAUAUUAAACAAGUAUCUCCGUU